UGUCGCCCAGCCCGCUCCGGGCAGAAAGACCCAGGAACGAGAGGAGGCAGCGGGUGUGAAGUCAGGCCUCGCAGGGGCAAGAAGGAAGCAGUCCAAAGCCAGCUGGUCUGGCUUUGAAAAAGCAAAGGAGAUAGAGAGGGAGGCAAGUGAGGGAGCGAUAAAGAAAGAGAGAGUGAGUUAGUGUGGAGAGAUAAAGAGAUAGAAAGAGAAAAAGAGAAAGCGGCAGAGUAAGAGAGAAAGGGAAGAAAAAGGGAAAGAGCUUUUGUGUAGAGAGAAAAGAAAGGUAACCUCCACACCUGAGGAGUCAGCCUUAACAGCAGGUUCUGUGAAGGCUUUUGUGGCAUGAGAAGAACAGGACAGCUUUUUUCCCAAGGAGGAGAAAUCAGCAGGAAGCUCUAACAAGAGGGGAGCAUUGAAGGAAAGGAAGAUCGCGCAGGAGAGAGAGAGAGAGAGUGAGAAAGAGAGAAAGACGGAGAAAGGAAGCAGAGGGCUGGACCUGGAUAUUCUUGGUCCAACAAAGAGGAUAUCGCUGCUUUGAUAGUGGGAUUGCUGUUUGGUCACGUCAAGACAAACUGUGACAGACUGAUAAAGCAACCGAGAGAGAAGGCUGAGAGACAGAAAGACAGCGGAGAGCGAGUACGAUGUGCUAGGAGGGGAGAAGGAAGACAAGCUCGGGUGUUUUUCUGAUAUUCUUGUGGUGUCAGAGAGACAAAACAGAACGCAAAGAUGGGACGGAAGAAGAUACAGAUCACACGGAUCAUGGACGAGAGGAACAGGCAGGUCACCUUCACAAAGAGGAAGUUUGGCUUAAUGAAGAAAGCGUACGAACUGAGUGUACUCUGUGACUGUGAGAUAGCCCUGAUCAUAUUCAACAGCUCAAACAAACUCUUUCAGUAUGCAAGCACUGACAUGGACAAAGUCCUGCUUAAAUACACAGAGUACAACGAGCCCCACGAAAGCAGAACCAACUCCGAUAUCGUCGAGAAACUAAGAAACAAAGGACAUAUUGACUGUGGCAGCCCAGACCCUGAUGAUGGUUUUGGGCACAGUCCCCUUGCGGACGACCGUUACGGCAAACUAAGCGAAGAGAGUGAUUUAAUGUACAAGCGCUGUGGUGCGCUAAACAAGAAAGAACACAGAGGCUGUGAUAGCCCGGACCCCGAUGCCUCAUAUGUCCUCACCCCUCACACUGAAGAGAAAUAUAAAAAAAUUAAUGAGGAGUUUGAUAAUAUGAUGAGAAAUCAUAAAAUCCCCAACGCACAGGCCCAGCAGAACUUCUCCAUGCAUGUGACCGUGCCAGUGUCGAACCCCAAUGCCAUGUCCUACAACCCGGGCGCGAUGUCCUUGGGCUCCCAGGCCUUGGCGGCGGCCGCCGCCUCCCUGAGCGACAGCGGGAUGCUGUCCCCCCCCCAGGCGUCCCUCCACAGGAACGUGCUGUCAGGCGGGGGUCUGCAGCGCCCCCCCAGCACCGGCAGUGCAGGAAAUGGCUUUGUCAACCCGAGGGGUUCCCCCGGGCUGCUGUGUACCCCCAGUGGUAAUGGUCUGGGGAAGGUGAUGCCCACAAAGUCUCCCCCUCCACCAGGAGGCAACAUGAGCAUCAACAGCCGCAAGCCCGACCUGAGAGUAGUCAUCCCCCCGUCCAGCAAAGGCAUGAUGCCCCCACUGUCAGAGGAAGAGGAAAUGGAGCUGAACACCCAAAGGAUAAGCAGCUCCCAGUCCAACCAGCCCCUGGCCACCCCAGUGGUGUCAGUCACCACCCCCAGCCUGCCUCCCCAGGGCCUGCUCUACUCAGGCAUGCCCACUGCCUACAACACUGAAUAUUCCCUGAGCAGCGCUGAGCUCUCGUCUCUUCAAGGCUUCGGCUCUCCAGGGCUCUCACUGGGCUCUAUGUCGGCAUGGCAACAACACCAACUGGGCCAGGCAGCUCUCAACUCGCUGGUGAGUGGCAAUCACUUACCUCAAGGCUCCAACCUCUCCAUCAACACCAGCCAGAAUGUCAACAUCAAGUCCGAGCCCAUCUCUCCACCGCGCGAGCGCCUCACCCCGUCCGGCUUCGCCGCCCAGCAGCAGCAGCAGCAUCAGCAGCAGCAGCAGCAACAACAGCAGCAGCAGCAGCAGCAGCAGCAGCAGCAGCAGCAGCAGCAACAGCAGCAGCAGCAACAGCAGCAGCAGGCCCCCUCUAGCCGGCCAGACAUGGGCCGCUCGCCGGUGGACAGCCUGAGCUCCUCCUGCUCCUCAUAUGAUGGCAGCGACCGUGAGGACCACCGGGCCGACUUCCACUCCCCGCUGGGGCUAGGCGGUGGAAGGCCUCCGGCUGGGGGCGAGGAGCGCGAGAGCCCCAACGUAAAGCGCAUGCGCAUGGACACCUGGGUCACAUAAAGAGUCCCGGGUGUACAGCGCCCUCUGGUGGCCAUCUUGGUAACAGCUGGCUGGAAACCCAAAUCUGGACCUUAUCUGGGCCCACAUUGGCCCAGGGGCAGAUUGAUUCCAGUCAGCUGUUAGCAGGGUGGCUGGAGGGAGGAGAGGGAGUGGGCUGAUGCUGGGGGAAGGGGCGAGGGGCCGACAUGACAGGGGACGGGUCAUUGUUGUUGUUGUUGUUGUUAUUAUUAUUAUAAUUAUAAUUAUUAUUAUUAUUACCAUUAUUUAACUUCAUUUCAUUUUGUAAGUAGGUCAAUUGGUGGAGGACAGAGUUGAGAAGAUGUCCUGACAUAUCUAAAUUUAAACCAGCGAAGUCAAAGUGAGAAAAUCAAGUCAAGUGGUCAGGCUGAAUUAUGUGCUCAAGCAGGAGUUAUCAGGUACUCAGCACAGGUCAGGUUUUCUGCAGGACCCCUUGUUUGAGGAGGGGAAAAAAACAAAGUAUAUAUAUAUUACAAAACUCUAGAUAACUGUAGUCACUGGUCCAUUCUGGCACUUACUUGUAGUAGCUGUUUUAUGCUGUUAAUCUUUUGCAAGUUUUGAAGCAAUCAGUGCAAGUAGGAGAGUGGCUUUCUGUCAGAUGGCUCUUGCCUUUGUUUUUGAAUAUUGUGUAACUUCACGUCCCCGUAUGCUUUUUGGAAGUAAACAGACAACACAUUGUCUAAUGAAAUAUUUGACUUUAUCAAAUUUAAUUUGGAAGUAUAGGUCAUGAAUUAAAUACAGGAGGAUGUGGUGGUAUCUAAAUAUUAUUCCCAAUAACACACCAAUAUCAGCAAGUAAGGAAUGUGACAUUAUAUGACAUACUUCACAUGGUUGUUUUAUGUAAUUGGAAACUAUACAAACACUUUUAUUGGUACCUUCUUUUGUGACUUCAAAUCAGUGGGAAAAUCUAUUUAAGCCAUGAAAUCUAAGUCCAGUUGAACUGGCAUCAACAGCAAGCUUUUCUUGCUCACCUCAAACAACUUAAUGGUAACGUAAGCCAAAGCUGUAUGUUUAUUUUUUUUGUUUUAUCUGAAGAGGUUUGGAGACAACUAACACUUCCUCUCCAGACACUUAUUUCCUUUUCAGUUCUGUUAUAAUUGUGCUUUGUUACAUACAACACAAAAAUAACAUGCAAACCAGAUCUUGAAACAAUAUUGAAAGCCAUGAACACUUGAUGUUCUGUUUGUAAAUUAAAAAUUUGAGCCAAACAUUUUUUUUGUUAUGUAUAUAGCAACUUUAAUAUAUAUCACCUUUGGUGUAAGUACGUAUGUAUUGUACCUUCACCAGAUUCAAGGAAAAAAAGUAUAUUUUUGUGGAUUACUGCCAGAUUUAUAAGGCGAGAUCCUUAUUAAGUAGAGUAUUCACUGGUUCAUAUUUACUAUUUUGUUAACAAUACUGUACUUUCUUCAAAACUGAAUUAUUAUCGUUAAUAAUCAAAGUGUUUUUAUUUUAAAGAAGGUGGUUUUUGGGUCGUUUUCCCUUUAAUGGUGGUGAAUGUCUGUCCAUACAAAAAAUUGUAAUAACAGUGCUGUAAGUUUAAAGCUUCACUCUAUCUUUAUUUUCAAAGUUUUGAUUUUUGUCAAAGAUAAUCAUGAUGCUCAAGAACAUCUGGUUUCUUUCCUACAGCGAUUGUGUUUAGGACAGACCCAAGGCUGCUGAAUACACUGCCCUCCUUUCAAACCACACGCUCCCAUAUCAGCAUAGCUUAUUCAAUCAUUUUCAGUUGCCUAAUUCUAAAGACAUAUCAUAAUACUUUGUUCAUAAAAUUGCCCCCAAGAUUAUUUAUAAACAAUUGUAUGCUUCAUUCUGUCAGUUGUUUUCUUGCUGCAUACUUUCAUAUACAAUUGAAAUCCACACCAAUUGAACAUGUACACAAAAAAAAGUUUAUUGUAAAUAUCCUAACAUUGUGUAACUAUCUGCAUACAAUAUGUACAGGACACAUUUUUUCCUUUAUUUUAUUUUGCAAAUUUGGCUCAUUAGACUGUCAUCUGCAUCAAAUUCCCUUGAUGACCAAUAGGUAUCAAAAAAAGUUGUUCCACAGCAUCUCCCGCAUACAAAAAAAAACAAUGCAUUCUGUAGCACUAGAACAUGGGAGGUCUUUCUACUCCCUAGCAGGCUGCAGUGUUUGGCUUUCGUGUUCCUCACUACGAGUAUGUUUCUCUUCACUCCAUGCAUCCAGCUUUGGUUAAGCUGGUCCCCUGCUUGCAUCGUUUCUCGCCCCCAUCCAUCCAUCCCUCCGCAUAUCAGUGAACCCUGAACCGGAUUCAGUCCUGAUCCGGCGUGGUUCAGCCGAGCCUGCGCCUGUUCAGGGCCGGAUGGGUGUCCAGAGUGAGCUGCUAUGGCCCAUGCCCGCUACUCGACCAGGGGGGAAAGAGUCAGAAGAUUCAGCAGCUACAGUCAGAGACCUAGACAAAUGAUGACAGACUUGACAUGAUCUCACUGCUGGAUUGCACAAGUUUUUAUUGUGAAACAAACAAAACAAAAGUUUGCUGUAAACAAAAGGAGUCUCUCUUUACAUUUCCUAUCUAUUUCUGUGUGUGAUGCCAUAGCCAGAUAUAGUAUAUACCUCCCUUCUCUGUCCUCACAAACAAAACUAAACAGUGAGCUGUGCGGACAGCUUGCCAUUAGCUGAUAUUGAUCUAUGCAGUCCUCAGACAAAAUACAAGCCCAUAGGCUGCCCUGGCUUUUCUGAAGUUAUGUCUCUCUCUUCCUUAACUGUAUGUAGUAUACAUGCUCAGGCAUUGAACAGUGGGAAAAUAUGACUGUUAACCUCUUUCCCUUAAGUGCUUACAUCUUUUCAUUGGCAGAAAUAUCAUAUCAUAUACCAUACAGAUGGCAACAAUUUGUAUAGUCACCUCAGCAUUUAAAUUGUAUUGAUGUGAGCCUUUUAAUCAGUAGCUGUAGAUUUGCCCCAAGGAAAUGUUCAGACGUCAGGCCAUAUGAAUUUUUACUUAUCGAGUCAAUAUUUUUGGAGACUUCAUCAAUCCGAUCAACACAAUCAAAGCCUUUUUAUGUACUAAAGCAAUAAUGCCAUAGCGUAUGGUAUGGCUUAAUGGCACUAUUAAUAUCAUAUCACCACAGCAGUUUGCUCCUGUUGUUCCUCACACACAUACACACACACACACGCACGCGUACACACACACGCAUGAGCACACACACACGCACGCACACGCACGCACGCACUUACACACACACACACACAGUGACUCACACACUCACUAUGCACAAAAUUCUCAAUUGGGGAUCAGGGACUUUCUCUAGUUUCAUCAUAAAUGCACAGUCAAUGGAUGGCCUUAUUCCAAAGAAACUGGUGACAUGAAUUAGAAUUAAUCACAUGUGGCAGGAAAAUCAGUCUAAGGAUGCCCUCAUUUUAUCAUUGUUCCACAAAAGCUUUUUGGCGCUGUCAGACUAGUAUGCUCCACACCACAGGAAAUACAUAGCAAAUCUAAAGAGACCCCAAUGCUCCUUCGCUCUGUGUGCUGUGUCAGAUAUCAUACACAACUGUUUAAAUGUGAAAGGAAGGGAUAUGAGGAAAAACGAGGAUGAAGGACUGUUUGUAGAUGACUUUCUUCACUUUGCUGUGCAAGAGUACACUGCUUUGCUUAAUGGCUUUUCUAAAACAGAACUAUGUAUUUGGUAAUUGUUUGUAGUUACUAGUUCACUUCAAGAAGCUGUUUGCGGUUUGUCUGCUCAAACCGUUUGGCGGCACAAGCUGGACUUUGUUGCCAUGAGUGAAACAACAUGUUUCAGAAAAAAAAAAAUCAAGAGAGAAUUUUAAGUUAAUCUGCAUUAUAUUUCCCUUGAAUGUGUUGUUUUAUCUUCACUAUACAAUAAAUAUUCUAGUGAACUUUUUAUCGAAUGACUAAGAUAUUAUGCUAGAGAUUGUUGUACAAAUUUGUAUUCUGCAUUCACUAAAGUAAAGAUAUUGGCUUUUACUGUGUAAUAUAGGUCCUCUCGCUUAUUCUGUACAAACUGAAGUGAGCAAUUCUGAAUCUGAUAAGACUUUGUGACGUCCAACAUGUGAAGUCCCCAAUAACAGAACCUGUCAGCUCAAUUAAAAUAUCAAUGUACUCCCAAA